AUGGGGUGCGCAGCGUCGCACGCGAGAGGUUCUGAAACGCCACCGCCACCGCAGCUGGGAUCGUCGCGAUCAGGUGACGCGUGCUGGAGGCUCGCUGCCGUAGCAGACCCGCGGUCGCCGUACCGGGUGCGCAAGUCCGCGGAGGCGGGCGGCGGAGUGUGCGAGUACAGCUACCAGGAGGUGCACGCCGCCACGGGCGGGUUCCAGCACGAGGUGGGGCGCGGCGGGUUCGGCGUGGUGUACCACGGGUACCUCGCGGAGCCGCACGGCGGGCAGGGCGCGGGCGUGUGGGCCGUGGCCGUGAAGCUGAUGAGCGGCGAGCACAUCGCCAACGGCAUCGACAGCUUCAUGGUGCGCCACGUGGGAAGGGGAGGGAGGGGGUGGAUGAAGGAGGAGGGGGAAGAAUGGUGGAAACGGGUGAGGGUAAUCGUGGGGAACAAGGGGGGCUGA